AUGGUUGCAAACUGGCUCGGCAAGCACCAUGCGAGCUACUACCUGGAGCAGGUGAGGAACAGGAACUUGAACAUCACAUGGCAGGCGAAGAUGUACAGCUGCCAUGGCUGCGUUCGCUGCAUGACGCUGUAUUAUUUCACGGACAUCCAGAAUGUCGUGGAGCUGAUUGAGAUAUUUUUGCUCAUUAUCGCCAGCUACUUCAGUGCUCUUCUGGCUUCCAUGAUGGGGAACGCCCUGGAGAACUGUCCGAUGAUCGACGUCCACUUCGAGGCAGAUCCCACGCAGCGAAAGUCUGUGGACUUACAUCAGACGGAAGUCUCCUGCCUCGGCAUGAUUGGUAGAACAUUCUUCUUCCGCUACCACUACUGCGGCGUUCCCAAGCACAUGCAAUAUCAGGAGGAGGGCAUUCGGAAGCAGGUGCAGAAGGGGCUGCUGGACACCAAAAAGCUUCCUGAUCCGUUUCAGUUUGUUGACAAUGCGAAGACUUGGGAUCAGUACAAUCUCUUUGACGUCAAUGCAACUCGGCGAUUCAACGUCCACCGGGAGCUGCUAGGCUUUCUGGAGGGCGAGGAGGUGAUCAAUGCUUGGACAGUUCCACCGCGACUGACACGAAAUCAGAAGAUUAUCAUAGCUUGCGGCAUCAUCUUCUUCAUCUUGGGACCGAUUAUCACUGCUUUGAGAAAAGGAAGGAUGCAGUGCGCCGGCGAAGCACUCCUGGGCACCAUCUUUUGCUGGAAGUACAUUGAAUUCUUCGUCCUCAAGCGACGACCGCAAGCAGGGAUCGUGUUAACAACGCGCCGAAUAUUUCAAGUGACGAAGACACCCCGUUUUUUUGGGCUCAUGGGGUACACUGAGCCCCUCAUCAAGCUUGACGUGCUGGUGCACAACUGUGGAAUCUUCUACGGUCAGCUUCAAAUGGAGUCCGCAGUGCCUUUUUUCCGCAAGGUCAUCUGUGCACUCUUGAAGAUGCCGCCAAGCCGCCAGGGACAAGUUCUCGCACAGGGCCCUGUGGGCAUUUUCAAGAUGUGGCGAGAGCGCGGGGACACCUACAACGUCAUGAACUACAUCUCGCAGGUGUGCUACCUCACGCCCCUAGCCUCCUUGAAUCCAAGGAUGGGCAAGGCCCUUAUGUAUAACGAGAAAGUCGCGGGUGAGCUUGAGCCCGAAGACCCUCCAGGUUCCAAAGCGUGCUGCCCGCACACACCGCCACCACCUAUGAUGGGCAAUGCGAAAAGCAUCCUGGAUCGGUAUUGCAAGCGCAUCAAAGGAGAACAAAACGUGUACGGAAGAAAACUGGUGACGAGGCCAUCCAGAUGCAAAGACCUCUUCUGUGGGCGUGGGUGCAACUGUGGUUGCGAGUGCUGCUGUUGCUGCCAGCUGGACGAGAUGCUCACAGAAUUCAUCAUCAGUACGCACCGGAUACUCGUGGAGCAGCGGGCAGCACAGCGCUACUGUCGCUGUACGGCGAUGUGCCGGAAAACUCCCAGCAUCCGCGUCACAUUUCUGGCACAUAACCAGGCCGCCGCCUACGUGGGGUUGAUGCCAGUGAAGGCCCUCACGCGCACGAAGAUCCAGCAGGACUUCACCAUCAAGUUGCUGCAGCAGGGCGCGCGUGAAUAUCAGCAAGGACUAAUGCUGCAUCAAAAGCCGUACGUGAUCGCUGGAAAGAAGGACUUGCCCAUCAAACACAAGGUGUGGGUUCCACACAUCAAUAUGAUCUUCGAUAUGUUGACACAGAAGGCCGCCUUCCAUGACGAUAGCUCAGGAGUUUCAGACGACGACUCGGAAGAAGAGGAGUUCUACGAACAGAUGAUGAAAUGA